GUUCCCGAGCCCCGGCGCGGCGUGGGAGCGUGCUGCCCGCCGCUCCGCUAGGGGCCGAGCCGAGCCGGGCGGGCCGGGCCGGCGCGGGGAUGGGUGCGGGGCUGUGAAGGCGGCGGAGCCGGAGGCGGCCAUGGGGAACAUCUCCUCCAACAUCUCCGCCUUUCAGUCCCUGCACAUCGUCAUGCUGGGCCUGGACUCAGCGGGGAAGACCACGGUGCUCUACCGGCUGAAGUUCAACGAGUUCGUCAACACGGUGCCCACCAUCGGUUUCAACACGGAGAAGAUUCGGCUGAGCAACGGCACGGCCAAGGGCAUCAGCUGCCACUUCUGGGACGUGGGCGGCCAGGAGAAGCUGCGCCCGCUCUGGAAGUCCUACAGCCGCUGCACUGACGGCAUCAUCUACGUGGUGGACUCAGUGGACGUGGACCGGCUGGAGGAGGCCAAGACGGAGCUGCACAAGGUGACCAAGUUCGCCGAGAACCAGGGCACACCGCUGCUGGUUAUCGCCAACAAGCAGGACCUGCCCAAGUCACUGCCCGUGGCUGAGAUUGAGAAGCAGCUGGCGCUGCACGAGCUGACCCCUUCCACCACGUACCACAUCCAGCCUGCCUGCGCCAUCAUCGGCGAGGGGCUGACCGAGGGCAUGGACAAACUCUACGAGAUGAUCCUCAAGCGGAGGAAGUCCCUCAAGCAGAAGAAGAAGCGGUAGAAGCCCACAGAUGUGCGGACAGGUGGGAGAGCAAACAAAGGAAUGGAGGAGGAGAAAGAACCAAAGCGAUCCUUUUCUCGUUGGGUUUUUUUUUCCCUUUUUUUUUUUCUGGGGUGCGUCUGCUUUUUUCUUUCUUUUUUUUUUUUUUUUUUUGUCCCUUUGAAUGAAAUAACUGCAGUAGCGGUGAUAACAAUGGCACUCCUGCAAGCCAAGCCCAGAUCCUGACUGCAGGAUCUCCUCCUCCUGCUCUCCCCUUUGCCUGCCGCCCUAUCCCCGGCCAUAGGGCAGCAUGGAGCAGGGGUCGGGCACUGCUCCCAAACCCCUGGGCCCCAUGGCCGGGCUGGAGAUGCUCUGAGUGGGACGAGAUGCUGCGGGCAGCUGAGAGCCCGCGGAGCUGGGGCAGCCCCCCUGCUCCCGUCCGUCCCUGGGAGUCUGACUGCUGCUGGGGGGCAAACCUAGGGGUGAACAGGGCUGGACCCUGUGCAAGUGCAUUUGAGAGAGGCCAAAGGUGAGCCUGAAGCUGUGCAAGGUCAGCCAGCGGGGGCUUGGACCAGUGCAGCGUGUGGGAGACAACCAAGGGAUGAAACGUGACCAUUAGGGACAGAACCCCAGCAAGGGGACAAAACCCUCUGAAGGGGGCAGAACGUGGCCAAAAGGACAAAAAGAAGGACAGAACCUCGCCAAGAGGACAAAACUCCUCCAAAAGGAGAACCCAAACCCUCUGCAGGCUGGUGUUUUAGGGAGCAGAUGAAGAGGACAGCCAGCCUCCAUGCAAUGCCGCAGCAGCUGGAGGUGCAUAGCAGCUGGUGACUGGUGCUGAGCUUUAAGCUGUUUGCUUAAAAAAAAAAGGAUGGGGGGGGGGGAUGGUGUGGGAAGUGGCACGGGGUCCAGGAGUCCCCGUUUUCUAAAGCUUGGUUGUGGCAUCUCCUGGAGCAAAGCCACAGCAGGUCCGUAUCAUGCCCAGGCAAAGGCAUGCUCCAAGGUGCUAAUUUGCUCCGAUCGGGGUGAUCCAAAAUAUGGAUUACUUUAAAAAAGAAAAGAAAAAAGCUUUGUACACCACCACAUGGACUGGUCACCGUGCAGCUCUGUGACUGGGGUGGGAGGUUUGAGGGGAAGGUCUGUGGCAGCAGAAGGCAGGACGGGUGGCUGCCAGCACUGCGCGGUGCUAUGGGCAGAGCUUGCCCAAUCGUGCCAGAAGGUUGCAGAAUCCAGCAGGAAAAGGGACUCGGCAGCGCCGGGAAAAUGUAAAGAGAUGGGAGGGAGGUGGGAAGCAUGGAGCAGAGGGGAGGUUAUUUUUUUAUAAAGAUUUAAACCCACUGAAAGCAGAGAGCUCCCAGUUUCCAGCAGGUCCAUUCCUGGUUUCCUGGAGGACUGAGUGCUCAGGGCAGGGGCAGGCCCCGUGGUUUCCUUCUGCAGGUGAAGGUUUGGUAGCAGGGUUGGAGUGCUCUGGCCUGGAACCAGCUCCCUGCAGGACAAAGGCAGGGGCCCUGCUUCCCGUGCUUCCCACAGAAAGAAUGGGGGAGGCCCAGGCAGCCCUCAGAGCCAAAUGUGCUGAAUUUUGAGCCGCAGUUGGACAGGAUUUUGUAAUGGUUUUACUGUUUGAAAACCCUCCCCAAAGCAGCCAAGGAACCACCGAGCUGACAAAGGAAAAAUGCCCUCAGGUUUCAGAGAGUAGAUUCUUCCCUCGCAGCAAUGAGCAGAUGAGCACGGUACCUUUCACAGAGCAUUUUGCUGGAAAAACAAACACUGCGGCUAAGCAGUAUGUCCCUUCUUUGGCAGGAUUUGAGUACCUACGAGUCCCGACUUGUGCAUUGAGCGAGUGGGCUGGUCCCAUCCCUUCAGGAGGCUCUGUUCCUGCUUCCUUGGGUUUGCUUUGCUUAGGCUUCACCUCGAACUCUUUGGUACUUGCUGUUGGGAGAGAAAACAGUAUUUAUUUUUGAUGCCAUGGAAACCAAAUGCUGUAACCUUCAUUGGUGAAGUGGAGAACUCAUUUUUCCAACCAUCUCAAAAGCGAGCAGGUUUUAAACAGAGCAAGUGCAGGUGUUAGCUGUGUGCUUUGCCUCCUUGCUGGUGAGAGGUGGGUCUUGGUUCUGCAGACACUAGCACUGAACUUACGGGGUGUGUGUCUGCAGAGCUCAGUCCUUCCCAGGGGCUGAGUACACUGCUCCGCUGAGCAUCCCCAUUGAGAAGCAUCUGCCUUCUAGCCCAGCUUCAGGCAUGUGCUCACCUUGCGGUGCAUGCCUGAAGGCUCAGGUGGGAUGCAGUCAUGGUGCCAUUCCCCCCAAUUCUGCUUUCUGCAAUAAUUAAAAUCACUUCUCCAAUUAGAAGCUAAUGGUUUCUGUGGCAUUUCCCUAACAUUUCACAGCUGUGUGCCGAUUCUCCUGUAUGAUAAUGAGCACCGCCUAAGGUGGUCUGGAAGAGGUGCUUCAACAAAACAACAGUUGAAGGAAACUGUGUUGUUGCUCUGAGCCUUUUGCCAGGUGUGUCUUCUCUGAAUACAUUUGAAUGACCCUUUUUUUUUUAGCAUACGUUUUGGGCUACCGCUCCGGUUUUGUGGGGUACCUUGCCAUGUUCCCAGCAGUGUCAGAAAUCCCACUGCCCAUGUCUCAGCCCCCUCGCUGACCACCAGUCUCUGUCCCUCCUGUCUUUCCUCUUUUUCUAAAAGAUGCAGACAUAAUGCUGUGAACUGAAAUAAAUUAUUUAUACAAUGAAAGGGCCUGGUUAAAAAAAAAAUGUGCUCCUCUGCUUCUUUCUCUUUACUAGUGCUGGAUUUUACAGUUGCUUCCCUGUGCAUGUUACGAAGGAGGUGGCUGCUGCCUUCCCUGGCUGUGAUGUUUGAUGGACGUGGCUGUGGCUUUUCUAAAUGAUGUGCAAUGCAGUGGCAGAACCGGGCCUGCAGGGGUUAAGGCACCAGGACAGGAUGCCACUGCUCCGGGGUGGCUGCUGACACAGGAAACAUGGGUGACAUUUUAGAGAUGAGAGCUAGAGCGGGUGGUAACUGAUUUUUUAAAUUUUCAGUUUUUAAUGAUGACAUUGCAUCUGGUGAGGAAAUGAGUCAAACUGGUGGCGGUGCAAUUUGAUGGGCCUCAGAGCACUUGGAGAGGGUUGCUCUGGGCUCAUCUCUGCUUCCCACCUGGCCUCCAUGGCUGCCAGCGUGCAUGGUGCCCAGGUGCAAGGGCAUGCUGUCUGCUUUGCAGGAUCAGGCCCACGGCAGGGGCUUUCCUCCUGCUCAAAUGGGGGCACCAUCCCUGAGCUUUGCUCUGCAACAGAGAUUGGGGAACAGCUAAGAAGCUGGAGCUUUGAAGAGGCUAUGACUGUGUGUGACUGUGCCAUCAGAUCUGCCCUCAGGGCUGCAAGCAGGGAGCUUAGCUGGGAGGUUUGUUUUCUUGCCAGCAAAGCUUGUGCCUCGAGCUGCAAGGGCAGACAUCCUCCUGCAAACCACAGCCACUCCUCUCCUGGUUGGAGAGUGCUUUUGCCAGCAGGGUAUUGGUAUGUUUGGGCCAGUUGUCAUGAAAACGUUUCACAAGGAGCUUUCUGACCUUGCUGUGCCCUGGAGCUGGCCAUGAUUUAUGCUGCCACAUCAUCUCCCCAAGCUCAGGCAAAACUGAGCAGUGCUGGGCUGGGGUCCCCAGCCUGACCUGUUGGGACUCUCAUGGUGUGUGGAGCUAGGAACACCAGGCAGUGCCCAGGGAUGAUGUCCCUGCAUGGAGAAAAAGUGGAGAGGAAGCAGCUGGGCUGUCAGUGUACAACUCCAGCUGCACUAGAUCUCUGCCAGCACUGAGCAGGUAAGAGAGACCUGCCACCUUUACCAUUUGAAGAGCAAGAAACUGCAAAGGAUAUUGCACCUUUGGGGCUUAGCUCAAACAGAAGCUCCCAAGAGCCCUGCAGCCCCUCUUCUGCAGGUUCUGCCUGUGCCCUGCCUCCCAACUGAACAGAUCCUCUCUCCCCAGUUUGCUUUGUUAAGCUAAAUCCCUUUGCUUUAUUUCAAAUGGGAUUUGCUCCCAAGCAAGUAUCUUUAAAGGGAUCAUCUUAGUUAAAGUAAUUCCUAGAGCACAGAAUCCCUGAAGCACAGUGCAAUGCAAAGAGAGCUAUUUCUUUGCACAGCACAAGGUGCUUUUGCUCAAGAUUUGGGUGGCAUUUGGAUGACUAUCUCUUUAAAAUAGGCUACAAACCACUGUGUUUGCUUGUUCUCAUUCAUCCUAGUCCUUCAUCAAUCAGAAUUACCCUCAAAUCACGUGCACUUUUUGUUUGAGCAGCUGAAGUCCACUGGUGUGAGUCAGGUCUGACGGACACGAAGCACUUCACAGAAGGGUAUCUCUUGGUAAACUGCUUGCAAAGUGCUUCAGGAUGAGGAGUCUGUGACAAGGUCUGGGGCUUCUGACUUUUGCCUAACUCUGGUCACAUACCUUUAGAUGCCCCAGACCUCUUUUUCACAGGUGUAAAUAGGGUUGCUAGCAUUGUUCAUACUCCUAAGGCUAAAAAAAAGAAAUUGGUGGUGUUUUCAUGCUUAGAUCCCCAUCUUAAAGACGCUAAAUUUGCAGGAUUAGCUCUGAUACUUUGGGAGAAGAGUGGUGCUAGGUUUGGUGAGAGAUUGCUGCAGUUACUCCUGCUUGCACUGUGCAUGGCAGAGCUACUUCAGGGCCUCCAUUCAGCUGCCCGCAUCUCCAUGCCACACUGACUUCAUGAGCGGUGGCUCUCUGCAACCCUUCAACCAUACACUCUGAGUUAUGACUGCAAGAAGGCAGUUAAUAACCCAUUUUAAAGCCACAGCUGUCCUGCAGCUGCAGGGACAGGGGUCACCUCCAAGAGUUGUGCAUCAGAAAGGAUGGCACGGAGGCUCCUGUUGCCAGCACAGUGCUGUACUAGCUGUGCUCUGGCCACAUCUGCAGGGCUGGAGGAGCCGGGGGAUCCAGAUUUCCCCCACACCCCUUUGUGAGCGCAAAUCUGCUCCCAGCAGCUGCAGCCCCUCCAACCCUUCCUGCUAUGCCAGCCCCCCUGGUGCAAGUGCUCCUGUCCCAUUCUGCGUCUCCAGCCCAUGAGACUGAAUGCAGCAUUCCCAAUUCGUGUUUGGCUGGGUGAUCCCUGCUUGUUCAACUCUGCUGUGGUUUUGAGAGAGCACAGAGGUGAAAAAAACUGUGUGGCAAUGGGAAAUGCGAACACAGGGCAAUUGUUGGGCUGGCUAAUGUUUAAACAGCUCUUGGAAAGCCCCCUCCCUUGCUGCUUGCCCUCUCUACCCCUUCUAACAAGGGGACCCUUUCUACUCUUUGGCAGCUUCCCCAUCCUCUGGCUUCUGCUGCCCAUUUCAAAUCUCUAAAGACAGGAGGAGGAAUGGCAGUGUUGUGGCUUUACAAUGUUUGCUUGCUACAAACACUACAUCCUCCCAGGAUGGACCAUGUUUUUUCCCAGCCAGCCUUACAAAUCACCUUACUUAAAAAGAGGAAUUUGUUAGAACAUGGUCAGUGCCCAGAGGACAAUGGGUUGUGGGGAAAACUGGAAAAAUAAUAACCCACCUUCACACCAUUCUUGUCAUGUUCAGUCAUUGCUCCUCAUCCAACCCUCAUAGCUAGUGACUGCAGGAGAAAUGGCCUUCAGCCUUCAAGUGCAGCUGCACAAGUCUCUGUUUCCAGCACAUGGACAAGAGGUCGCAUCUGGUGGUCUCAGAGAGGUGGAGACCUUGCUUGCAAACCUCAGCAUGAGGAAGAAGAUGAGAGGAGAGGAAGGGACUGUCUCCUGGGGCUCAGCCUAGCCUUGGGAUUGCUGCAUUUCUCGUGAGACUUCCAGCAGCCUCAGAGCAUCUCAGCCUAGGAAUGGGGGAGGGGUGGGUUAACCCCAUCCCCUGCCAGUGUUGCUGCAGCUUCUGGCACCGAACCCAUCUGUCUUCCUUCUCAGACCAGCCUCUCUUAAGGUGCUGCCCAUCUUCUUUUCAUCACAAGGGUGUGAUGGAGAGAGUAAGUCCAGGCUGGAAAGGGAUGAAAUAGUUCCACAAUGACUCACCUCUCCUCAGCCAGAAAACCUCAUGCAGGACAAAUAACUCAUCUGGGGCCCCCUCUUCCCUCCCCCUCCCUGUAAACUGUUUUACUGAACCCUAGCAUCAGCAUUUCUUUCCAGAUUGUCUGCUUUGUGUCUGUAAUAAUUGCUAGAGUGUAAUGGGUGAAAACUGGAGCUUGAUUGCAGACAGGGAGAUGCUGAUGUGACAAUGUGUUUAAAGGGAGCAAUGGAACAUGAGGCCAUAAACCUGUCGGGAGGUCACCGAAAGGGCUGCACUGGGGAAUGUGAGCCCUGCUGGAGGUUUAUCGCUGCAGUCUGAAGGUUUGUAACCUCUGAGGAUGUUCUGAGCUAAGCAGAGCAGAGCCUUACUGGCUCAUUUUAAGCUAAAAGUUGGUCUAGCCCUGGAUAAGGGAUAGCCUGGGAGAAGAAGGCCUGGGGGCCAGGAGAAAUGUCCUAGAAUCAUAGAAACAUUUAGGUUGGAAAUGAUCCCUAAGAUUACCAAGUCCAACCAUCACUUGCACUACCCAGUCCACCACUAACCCCUGGCCCUCAGUGCCACAUCCACACAUCUCUUUAACACCUCCAGUGAGGGGCACUCCCCCAACUCCCUGGGCAGCCUCUGGCAGAGGCUAACCACCCUCUCAGAGAAGAAAUUCUUCAUGAUGUACAAUCUGAACCUCCACUGGUGCCACUUGGGGCCAUUUGUCCUCAUCCUCACACCAGCCUUGCUAGAGGGCUGGAACCUCUGGAGGCAGUGACUGCAUAGACACGUCACAGGCUGCUGGUUCCCACUCUUGUUUAUAUUACAUCUAUUGAAUCUGUAAAACUUAGUUCUGACAUUCCUUACACUGAAAUGGAGGCUGGAAACCUCAGUUGCAUUCAGUGUCCCCAUAUGCUUGGUGAUCAGAAACCCAGGGUGUGAGAUGCCCUGCCCAAAAUGUUUGCAUCUAUAAUGGGAGUCCUUGAAAACCACCUGGUGCCCCUCACCAUCCAGAAAUGAACGUGCUACCAUCCUCUCCAUGCCAUGGCCUUUUUCUGGCGGAGUCUCUGGUAACACAGGUCUGGCAAUCUCAGGAAACUCUCAGGAAUGGAAAUUGCAGCAGAAGAAAUCCUAUCCCUUUACCCCCUGCUCCAGCCCUGAUGGAGCUUCUUUUAUCAUGAAAUAUGCAGAAAAUUGUUGGGUUCUAAUGAUCUGAACUCCUUCAGUCAAGACAGGACUCGGCUUGCAAAGAAUGUGAAUAAUUUAUGUGUAGAUAAUAAUGAGAGAGAGCAUGAGGAGAAAUGAGUUUGUCUUUCAUUCUCCUCAGUGCUGUUCCUGAGGUUAUGCUGUAUUCAAAUAGCAGUUCCUGACUAUCCCAGGUAGUCUGACUUGUGUGGGGACCUUCCUUGGACACCAUAAGCAGAGCCUCCUUUUCUGCUUUAAUGCAAUCCACUGUGGAUGCAAUUGCUAACUGGGGGGGGGGAGAUACUUUUCUCCUCCAGUUAACGCUAGAUCUGUAUUCCCUGGCAUCCUUGCAUACCCUGGAGUAGCUUUUCCCUAUAGGCAAGUCUCUAGGACCAGUGUAGAAAUCCACCUUCCAGUCCAAACCCAAACCUUGCAAACACAGUGACUCACUCCAAGAAACUCACUGUGCUGGCACAAGCCAGAAGCCCUGACACGUUUUUUGAGGAAUCCUAGCAAGGGUAAAUA